AUGUCAAAUGUCCCGCAAAUGUUAAACCUCAAAAAAUUGAAAGAUGCCAUUGCGGAGAAAUGCGAUUUACCAAAGGAUAAACAAAAGCUCAUCUUUUCUGGCAAGAUCCUGAAAGAUGAAGAACCUCUCACGACCUAUAAAAUGGCGACCGGAAACACUUUACAUCUUCUCAGAAUCAACAAACCGCCAGAACCACCUUCUUCUAGUCAAGUUCCCCGCUUACCUCAAAUGGGAACGGGUUUAGCUGCAAAUAAUCCAAUCGAUAAUGUUGCUAAUAUUCCUCAUGGUUUAGGUGGAUUUAACCCUUUUGCUGAGAUGCAAGGCAUUAACAAUCUCAAUGAUCCCAAUGCCAUGACGGGACUUAUGAACAACCCUGAGUUUCUGAGAUAUAUGGCGGAAAGUUUGCAACAACCUGGCGUCGUUGAUCAAAUGAUAGCUGCCAAUCCUGAGAUGGCUCAUAUGGCACCGCAAUUACGAGCUACACUGCAGUCUCCUUUUUUCAGAGAGAUGUUGUCUAACCCCGAAAGCCUACGCGCUAUGAUGCAAAUGUCCGCAGCUAUGGAGAAUGGCGGAGGAAUGCCCGGUCUUGGUGGUCUCGGUGGUCUAGGGGGAAUGCUCGGUCAAACUCCUCAGCAACCUCCAGCGGCCGCUCAACCUGGCCAUGCGCCCACGGACGAAUUUCCAAACCUUUUUGCUCCUCAACCUACAACAGGUCAACCAGCUCCAGGUGCAGCAGCAAAUCCUUUCGCCGCAUUAGGCGGUCUGGGCGGUCUUGGAGGAUUAGGAGGACUAGGAGGUUUGGGAGCAGGGGCCGGAGCUGGAGGUGCCAAUCAACCGAACCCAUUUGCAGCUCUAUUUGGUGGUGGUGCGCUAGGACAGGCAGGACAACCUUCAGCAGGGGCAGUGAAUCCUUGGGCCGGGUUGUUAGGUGCUGGAGCUGGAACUGGAGCUCCGAACCCAUUCAUGUUUGGCGGUGUACCCCCUGCUCCUCAGGAUACAAGACCACCUGAAGAGAUCUACGCUACUCAAUUGGGACAGUUGAACGGUAUGGGAUUAUGGGACGCUCAAAAGAAUAUCCGCGCACUUCGGAGCACAGGUGGGAAUGUCGAAGCUGCUAUCGAGUUGAUUUUCUCUGGUCAGUUGGACAAUCCUGGAAGUGGAAGUGGAUGA